CAAUCACUGUCAAAAUUGACAAUAUGGCUGCCACGCCGACGAUGGAGUUGUUGACGCGGCCCGCGGGGGCUCCAAGGAGCUCACCGCGCGUCAUCUCAGACUCUUCCAUGACCAUGAGCUUUUCACUACCAGCCUCUUUCCUACAGGCGCGAUCUGCGCUGUCUGCAGCCUCAAAAAGUGAAGAAAAUACCGAAAAUAUUGUCGAAGUGGUGGAAGACUCAUGGGAAGAACGCGACUGGGAGACCGAAGCCGUACAGAGCGUCGAAACAAAGCCAGCUGAGCUUGAUGCAGAUGAUUGGGAGCAGGAAACAACACCUGACCUGCCUGACGAUUUUCCUAGACUUAUCGUGAACCUAACGAAGGUCCAACGCCACCAUUUCCCUGUCUCCAAGGAUGAGGAGCAAGAGCUGGACAUGAUGGAGGUGUUCCAUAGAGUCAAAGCAACACUACACCAGCAUUUCUCUCAGCUGGCAGAGGCCCUAUUUGAACAGAAAUUGUGCUUCCAUUGCACCUACGGCACUUCACGAGUGAUGCUGGAUAAUUUACAUGCGGCGUAUCCGGACGACUUCUUCGCCAUGGUAGACUACCCGACAGAGAUCGAUGGUAUGCCGCUGCAUGAAUUCCUCCACACGUUGUCGUACCCGUCAAAGUGGAAGAGUGUAGAGUACCUGAAAGACUGCGUACGUCGGUGCUCUAGAGAUAUCAAGUGGAAGAGAGCUGUGAUUACGGAGCUGGAACUGCUAGCGGAACAAGAAUGUACGCAGUAUGAAGAGAAGCAGCAACGACUGAGUGACGAAAUCGACGAGUUGACUCGUCUACGUGACUCGUUUCGAGAGAAACUGGAGAAAAUAACGAGCCAAGAUGGCAAACCACAAGGCCAAUACUUGAUGCUGCGCAAACUGGAAGACAUUGAGAACCGGUUGGUGACCCUUCUGGAUGAUUAUUUGAAAGAACCCGAACUGGAAGAAGAAGAUUGCUACAGUGCGUUUGGUAGCCCGGGAGGGGAAGGCGGUGUGCGCACAGAUAUGAAUGUACUCGACAUGGUGAUCGCCAUGGUAUUCGGCCGCUUGCCUCGUGAUUUCACGCAGCAGACCACAACGGAAGAACACUUUCAGAUGCUUUUUGAUCACCAUAUUCACGUCCUGCGUCUAUGGAAGAGGGACUUUGGACGCCUUCCUCCGCAAUCUCGAGCUGCAUCACCAACACCUGAUGGAAUAGAUUCAGAAAAAGACCAAGUUGCGGACGAUGUCUCUGACAAUUAUGACAUUGAUGAGCAUGCUGAAGCAUUCUCUUCGUAUUGUCGAGUGGAUGACGAUGAUGUUGGAGAAGCCACGCACGUUGGGGUAGAUGACGAUUGGGAAAGUGUACAUUGUGCAGACACUGAUCAGGACUAUGCAGAACCGACUCAGAGAGAGACUAACCAAGGCAACGACUCGGAUGGCUACGGCGCUGAUUUUGAUAGCGACGAAAGCGAGGACGAGGAGGAACAAACUGCUGUAGUACAAGCCCAAUUACUUGAACAAGCAAAGAGCGAUGCAGGAAAGUCUUCUAUGUCUACACGACCACGACGGAGACGCAUCAAGCGGACGAUAAGGCGAUCAAAACAGCUGCAGAAGUCGAUGGAAGAAAGGUGUUACAGCGAUGACGAGCAGAAGGCUGCACCGUUCCAACCGUUUGCGUGCACGGGAGCAGUGGGUCUGCUUCGUCUUGCGAAAGAAAACGAAAUGUUUUGAGCUUGAAACUUCAAAUGUUUGUUACUUGUAUCAUGGAUUUGGUAAUUCGUUCCCAC